GCGGCAGGGUUGUUUUGCCCAUUUGUCAAUUUCCGACGAAACUGAACACCGACAUAGCAUCUAGGGGCAUGACGAUUGCUUAUCCCUAAAAACUGUUCUAGGUAUCAUCAGGUAUGUUUCCACGGAACAUGCAACUCCCCGAGACGAACGGGACUUUACCUUCAUGCAGCGGUCUCGAUGAAUGCGUUAUUGUAACGCAUAUACUAUAAUCGUGACAUUAUUUCUCCGUAGUUGACGCGUUGGCGAGCGACGGUCAUAUUUACCAUCCAAACUCAUCAAACGGUGGAAUCCCGUACGAAACACAGGUUUGUUUCAUCUUGAUUUGUGCUGUUUCAACGCAUCUCCCAUUGCGAGUUGUUCUCACUCGAUUCUGACAAACUUGUGGACCAAAGCUGACGCGUCAUUAUACUGAAGCCGUCAUGAAUGAGCCUUUUAUUCGCUCGGCGAUACCUCUUCCAGGGGUGGCACCCUUCCCGUCUGCAAAUGUUUUGCAAUGGACGGAUGAUGGACAGGUCGUUGUAGUGACAACAAAAAAUAUAUACAUCUUGUCACCCAGCUCAGGUACUCAAGCUGACACGAGUUCGUUCGUAAAACAGAGCCUCCCCGACGGUACCCUUGUUGAACGCCAAGGUAUACUGCAUUGGCUGCGAACAGUGAUUGAGUGGGACGCAGUUGGUGAACUGCGCCAAUGGCCCAUUGCUUGUCAAGAAUGGGCUGCCGUGUCUUUGGGCUCCCUUGAUCCAUGUUUUCGCAGCGUAACCUGUUCUCCCAGCAAUAUCAGUGUACACGCAAGCUGCGUUCUAGCCGUGCUUACGUCCAACUUGCAAGUCUCCUUAUGGUGCCCGGCAAAAAAUAUGCUCACGGGCAAAUGGACAAAAAUUGAAGAUUUCACUGAUGUCCACUAUUACCCUUCCGAUGCUGCGAACCAGGCACUGUUCAGGACUCUCCAGGAACAGAUAACCUCAAUUUCAUGGUCUUUGCAAACAGACUUUCUGGUCUCACCGAUGCCGGUGGUUGAUGGUUCCCUUUUAGCGAUUGGGAGCCGUGCAGGAAUUUUGUCUUUUGUCAGAUUAAUCAGAAACACGGCCGCUGAAAGCACACUGAGGCAUGUCACCUCUGUCCCCGUCAGCGACAGAUGGAUAAUCCAACUUGCCUGGUCCCCAUGGAAAUCUUCAUGUCCUGGACAAUGUCAAGCUUAUGUGGCGUGCGGAGACCCUGCCGGAUCCAUCAAAAUUGUGGAGGUCUCGCAGGUCCUUCAACAGAAUCCCUCGCCAUUCUCCGCAGAUUUUGGAAUUGCUAUAGAAUGCAAACUGCUUGACGUAGCGCCAUCUAGCGUUGACGGAAAGGCCAUGACGUCCAUGAAAUGGGUCCAGGCCCAUGGUGAUAUACCGUAUCUCGUGUUUGGGACUCCGGGCGAACUACACAUAUGGCCCAGCAAACCGGAUAGUGAGCUGACUGGUGCUCGUGCACUUGCUCUAAGAACCCAGCGAAUAUCAGUAGGUUCCUCGUGCUUCGCCCCCUUAUCGGGUUUCGCAUACAACCAUCGACAUGAUACAUUGGUCGCUUCACUGGCUGACGGCUCUUUCCAUGUGGUCAAAAAUCUGUCCAAAGAUCCUGCGCUAGCAUCUCCAGCAGAUGAAAUAGGUUUGACUACCGAGGCGAUGACAGCAAUGGUUAGAUCGGCUUUUAAUAAGGUGGAGGGUGGAGAUGCGCUGCGAAGAACUGACGUGAACCGGGUCGACGGCAUGACCACGUAUGACGGUGAAUCCACAUACACCUGGAUACAUGAGCAUACUCGGCCGACCGAUUUUGAUUACAAACACGAUGCCAAACAUACCUCCACACUCAUAGUAGCGGAGCUCUGGCCUGGGUCCACGGAUGAUUUUGUGUUGACCGAGCUUGUUCGAAUUAUAACAAAUACCAGAGCUUCUACCGGAGAAGCACCGAUUGGGUUGCUUCGCGCAGUGUGGCUGCAUCUGCAGGACCCUGAACGAGUCUCGCGCUUGCGAGACCAAAUCGUGCAAAUUUUGCAUCAGCCAGAAUUACCAGACCCUGGUACAGCAUUGGUUUUACCUGCGUGGGCCGGCGAGUUGUCCUCUCAAGUGCGUGAUGAGUUCGUUCGAAGCCUGAGAACCCAUCUGUUUGGGUGGGACAAUCUGCAUCGACUACGUGUGAAGUUCUACAUCGCAAUGUUCUGCAAAGCUCGUGUGGUUCCUGAGGUACAAAACCAAUUUGAUGGUAUCAUGGCUUCUGUCACAACCAUUCUUCGAUUUCAUGUACUCUUUGUACUCAUGCGGCAUAUAACAGCAAUGCCGGUACAUAUUUCAGAGAACGAAGUCCCUUUCGUGCUUCGCAUCGUGGCACAAGGACUGGAGAUGUCAGAUCUGGCCACGGCUGUACAAGAGGUAUUCGUAACAUUGAACGGCCGUUUGCCCAGUCAGAACUUGGACGUACUCAGUGCCGAUGAACUUUGUCCCGCUUGUCACGCGCCUGUACCUUUCAACGAUAUCAAUACUGCAGUCUGUGCGAAUGGUCACAGCUGGCAGCGUUGUAGCAUCACCUCCUUCAUACUAUCCACACCCAUGGUCCGAACGUGUUUGGGAUGCCGUCGUAAGGCGUUCAUGCCUCGCCCACGAGCGGCUACGUCUCCCAACUGGCUACCCAUCCCUGCGCGAAGCUGGCUAGUCGAGGAUCUUCUUGAAGCUGUUCGACGCUGCUUGUACUGUGGAAACAAUUUUGUGACAUUGGUGUAGUUAAACGCAUGCACACAUAUUUUGGUGAGAGUCCAAAUGCGCGUGGACCCACAUUCCCGCUUCUAGUCAGGGUUUUCAAGGACGCUCGUGAUGGAAGCCUGAUGUACAUUUGCAAUAUGGAAACAAAACAUGCGCACAUAGACAUCAAAAGACUGCGACUGUGAUAUAAAGUGUCUGGAUAUAUGUCCGUGCUCAGGAUGGCUCAGCCAAUGAGAGCUUGCAACUUUCCGAAAUCAGGGGUACCAAGGCCAGUAAC